AUGAGGGCAGAACGUACCCUCAUGGAAAUCAACCAGGAGCUUCAGUUGCAGCUAGAAAAGUACAAGCAGGACUUCAGAGACCUCACAGAGAAAUUCCUCGUAUCCCAAGCUACUGCUUACUCCCUGGCCAAUCAUCUGCAGAAAUACAAGUGUAAAGCAUGUAAGGACAUCCUUGAAUCCGUGUUGGGGGAGAAGGUGCCGGUUGAGGCGCGGAGACCAGCAGAGAAGCAGGCAGAGAAGCCAACACUUGAUGAAAGGUUGAGGACGUGUGACGUCCUAAUUCGAAGUCAGGCACGAGAGCUGACCCAGUUACGGCAGACACUACAGGAUGGGAAAGAUGACUCUGUCCUGCUCAAGCAGCACCUCAAGGACCUCCUCACCCACAAUGACCUGAACAACUACCAGGGGCAGGGCUUCCGAGAGAGCCUGUCUGAGGGAUACCGCCUGGCAGAGCGCCUUGCCUGCAAGCUCAGCCCAGAAAAGCAGAAUGAUCAUGAUGACCUGAAAGGACCAGAGGUGGUUGCCCCGAGGAGCACAGCCGUCUUCUCACCUGAGGACCUGGAUGUCUCUUAUGCUCGGGAUGUAACCAGUCACCUGCUGUCACGACGGGUCCAGGUAGACCUUGAAUUUGGCUGUGCUGAAGCCAUUGAAAACUCUGGAGCUCUAUCUCAGAGACACUGA